AUGACGGCUGUGAGGGGGGUGCAGGCCUGGGAGCCAUUUGCUUCUGGCAUCCGUCAGCUCACCGUGGGUGGGAGCCGACUCCAGGGCACCAUGAUUACCGAGAUACUGCGCGUAGCUGAUCGUGCGCGUAGCAGAGCCCGGGAGACCGGACUGGCAGCUGCUGAGCCGAUCCACCACCCGGACGUCUCCAGCCUGGUCACCGGGCUGCGGCCGGCGGCGGACCGCAGCAGCUUCAGUGGGCUCAUGGAGACGUCCAAGCUGACCGAGAGCCUGGCCGGCGCCGUCGGCAGCCUGCAGGAGGAGCUGAGCCAGGAGCCGCGGCAGAAGGCGGCGUUGCGGGAGCAGUGCCGGCGGCUGCAGGAGCGCCUGGGCCUGGCUGAGGCCCGAGCGGGGAGCCUGAGCACGCUGGAGGCCGACCAGAGCCGCAUGAGGCGGGAGGUCAGCGCCCACUUCCGUGAGGUGUUGAAGCUGAAGGACGAGAUGCUGACCCUCCCCCUGCGCUGCAGCAGCGCCCUGCGCGGGCUGGGGGUGCUCACGGCGCUGGUCCGGCUGCCAGUGGCCCGGCCCGGCCAGCUGUACCUGACGAAGCAGGAGCUGCUCCAAGCCCAGGUGGCCUCCUCCUGCGAGCGGGAGUUCCGAGAGCGGUCCCUGCACAUGGCCGGCAGCCUAGAGGCGGAAGAUGAGGAGCUGAGCCGUCUGAGGGAGGAGAACGAGAAACUCAGGUCACUGACCUUCAGUGUGGUGGAGAAGGACAUCUUGGAGCAGAGCCUGGACGAGGCCCGGGAGAGCAGGCGAGAGCUGGUGGAUCGAAUCCACUCCCUGAGGGCUCGGGCCACGGCCGCCGAGAGACAGCGCAAGCAGUACUGGGAGGAGAAGGAGAAGAUGCUGCUCCAGUUCCAGAAAACCAAGGUGGACUGUGAGCUCUACAAGGAGAAGAUGAACGCCCUGCAGGGCCAGGUGGUCGAGCUGCAGAAGGAGCGAGACCAGGCGUACGCAGCGCGAGACAGGGCGCAGGCGGAGGUCUCGCAGAGGCUGACGGAGAAGGACUCACUCCGCAGACAACUGUUGGAGCUGACGGAGGAGGUCUGUGAGCUGCGUGAACAGCUCUGCAGGCUGUGGGCGGCCUCGCCACCGAGCGGGGUGAGCACUUCCCCAUUGGACGCCGGGGAGCCCUGUGCGAGGGGCAAGCAGCGGCUGGUCCGGAUGUACGCCAUCUGCUCCACCGAGCUCAUCGUGAGUGUGAAUGUCACCGAGUGUGGGCCCGCGGCGGGGCAGCGGGCAGCUUUCGUGCGGAGUCACUGUGGCUGCCGGCUCCGCCCCCACCUCCCCUCUCAGCUGUGCUCCGACUUCUGCUCCAGCAGCCCGGUGCCGCCCAGCCAGCAGUCGCUGUGCAAGCGGACCGCAGAGGACGUCUGUGAGGACCCCUGGUGUCGAAGACCCACCUCUCCGUUUGGAGGUGCACGGGCAGCUCGGCCACCAGGCUCCAGGCCACGACGGUGCAGUGGCUCGGGACCUGAGCUGCGGCCUCUGCUGUCCGACAGCCUUCCGGAAAUUCUGGAGCCUGAGCCGAGAGCCUCCCCUGGGGCCAGGGUGGAUGACGAGGACCUGGGCUAUGAGAUCGUGGACAAGGCAGGAGGGGGCCAACAGACUCCACCUGUGCCUGAGGGAGCCGUGUGCGAGCCCGUGUCCAACGCGGCUCAUCUCCAGCCACCACCCCUGCCCUGCGGCGGCAGUGGACCCGUCCGGCGGCGGCCGGCCCGCAGGAUCCUGAGCCAGAUCACGGUGCUGGCCUUCCAGGGGGACCAGCUGCAGGAGCAGAUGAGCGUCAUCGGAGGGGACCGCACGGGCCUCUUCAUCCACCGGGUCACCCCCGGCUUGGCGGCCGACGAGAUGGCGCUGCGUCCAGGCACCCAGAUCGUGACGGUUGAUUACGAAGCGACGGAACCCCCAUUCAAGGCUAUGCUGGAAGACACGACCCUGGAGCGGGCCAUCGGACUCCUCGGACGGGUGGAUGGCUCCUGCUCCCUGUCUGUGAAGGUCAACUCAGAGGGUACGGGUAUAUAUAAGAGGCUGGUCCAAGACCUGGAGGCCAAGAGGGCCACCUCGGGGGACUCGUUCUACAUCCGGGUCAACCUGGCCAUGGAGGGCUGGGAAGAGGGGGACCUGCAGGUGCCCUGCAAUGAGGUCCUGCACAUCACUGACACCCUGUUCCAGGGCCACGGCCGCUGGUACGCCCACCGCGUUAGCCCUUACACCAUGGAGGACACGGACCAUGGCGCCAUCCCCAACUAUGCACGGGCCCAGGAGCUGCUCAUUGCCACCAUCCAGGAUGUGAUCCAGCAGAGCCCAGCGGCCCGCAAGCAGUCUUCGGGGGGUGGCUGGAAACUGGUCCGCAUCGUCAGCAUGGAUAAAGCCAAGGCCAGCCCUCUGUGCUCAUCCUAUGAUGGGGACCAGUCAGACCCUGGCAAGUCGGAAGGUGAGGCAGACCCCUCCGCCACGUGCUUCUGGGCUGAGAGCUGCCUCACGCUGGCACCCUACACCCUGGUGCACCCACGCAGGCCCCCCCGGCCCCGGCCCGUGCUGUUCGUACCCAGGUUGGUCGGGAAGAUCCUGAUCGAGAGGGUUUGUCUGCUGUCACCUGCAGAGCACUUGAGCCAGGAGGAGUAUGAUACCCGAAUCCAGAGAGGGGACAUCAUCCAGGAGCUAGAGGGGCCCGGCAGCUGCUGCUGGGUGACCCGCCCGGCUGUGGAGUCUCUCAUGGGGAAGAACGUCCACGGCCUCCUGGACCUGGGGCUGGCCGGCGUCUCCGCACUGCACAGCCGGGAGAUCUUUCCCAUUGUGGUGCACGUCCCCACCACCGAGAAGGCCGCCAAGAGGCUCAAGAAGGCCCUGCAGCGUCUCGGGGUGUCGGAGGAGCAGCUGCUGGAGGCAGCCAGGCAGGAGGAAGGGGACCUGGACAGGGCGCCCUGUCUGUACAGCAGCCUGGUCCCCGACAGCUGGAGUGACCUGGAUUCCCUGCUCAGCGGUGCCCGCGCGGCCAUCGCAGACGCACAGAAGAUGAUCGUGUGGACAGAGCAGAGCCCCUACUGA